AUGCAGGUUUUGGAUGCUAGCCAUCGUCUGGAUAUUGAGGUAGAAUCUCCGUUUCAACCUGACUUUGCCUCUCCCUCAUUUGCCCUGAACAACUCAGAGGGAUCACACGCCACCAAACCAGCUAGUAGUCCAGAUCUGGAACUAGAGACGGGUCAAAUAUGUAAGAAGUGCGGGCUGGUCAUCACAGAGGGCCAUGCCUAUGAACUAGGUGAAGACAGGUGGCAUGUCGAAUGUUUCAGUUGUUCAAAGUGCAGUAAGUCUCUUGGAUGUGACUCCAAUUUUUUGGUGUUAGGCACGGGUGCUUUGGUGUGUUCAGACUGCUCGUAUGCGUGCACGAUAUGCUCUAAAAAGAUUUAUGACUUGGCCAUAUUGACGGGGAAUCAGGCUUAUUGCAGCUCUUGUUUCCAAUGCAGAGCCUGCAAGAAUCGAAUAGAGGAUCUACGGUACGCCAGGACUUCAAAAGGUCUAUUUUGCAUAUCGUGUCAUAUGAAGUUGUUGGAGAAGAAAAAACGUCAUGAGCAACAGAGGAAGAAACUGAUGAUCCAUACCAACAACAGCAGCUCCUCAUCGACAAAGCCCUCUGCUGAUAAUUCCAACCCGAACUCAGCAACAACAGCUGACACCUCCGUGAAGAAUAAGCAGUUACCGGAUUUACCCCUGCCUGCAUCCUCUAACUACGCCCUGAACCCUCCUGUCAAAGUCCAUCCCAGAGAUUCAGCCUCAAACGUUAACACAAUCUUAGACUCAUUGGAUGUAGAGACACCAGGGGACCCACCUCAGCCGGUCCCUCCACCAUUCCCCAGAUUGAGGCCCAAUAGCCCUCCUAUCUCUCAAUUUGUGGAUUAUACUUUCAACUCUCCUGUGGAGCUAAAUUCUGAUGAAGAGCGUGUACUCUUCAAGACAUCUCCUUCUACGAAGCAAUUUCUUCAAUCUCCCGACGUGCUAGAACAUCGUAAGGCAGUUUUGAUUGACGACGUUGACAGUGAUGUUCACGAGUCUUCUCCGGAGGUAGAGCCAGAACCUAAAUCUGAACCGACUUCAGACACCGAUGUUGUUCCUAAAGGCUUGAACAUCAACACAACCUCCAAGAUUUUUAAGAAUGACACCGAGUUGAACUUGGAAAAGUCCACCAAUCAAAAAAUCUUUGCAUUAUCCUCUGAAGAGAACGUUUCACAUGAGAAGGAAAAACUCACGACUAAGAUUUCACGGUCAUUAUCCAUGAGAUCAAUCUCUAGUUCCAAGAAUAAGCUAGGAUUUAAUUUUCACAGGAGAACUUCUAGUAAAGACAUGGAUACAGCAGCUAUUUCACAACUCAACACCCCAAAAGCUCGUCAAAGACAAUUUAGUGCCUCGUCACAAAGAGUCCCAUCAUCGGUUUCAUCGCACAAUCGCACGGCCUCCGAUCUUAUGUUUCUUAAGAACUCUAGUAAGACUGAACUAGAUCACUUGGAGGCUCAAAUGAAGAGAAUUCAAAAUGAAGUUAAUCAACUAACCGUUCAGAAAGAAACGUUACAAAGUGAGAUAUUUGACUUGGAAAAGAAUAAACAAUCCCUUCUUGUAAAUAUUGAUGAAAUCAAAUCAAGAUUCGAAGGACUCCAAACCAGUUUAAAUGAGUCCAAUACUGCUGAGCAGCCCACAGACACGCCUUUAGAAACAUUAGUGGAGGCUCCAAUUACUACAAUUAUACCCAGACAAAAUUCGACUAUUGAUGAAUCAUCCUUGUCAGACAAUUUCAAUAGCGGUUCCCUUUCCACAUCUGCACCCACAUCUAAUUCAAAGAAUAAACCAAAGGGUAGGUUCUGGAGAAUGGGAAAGAGUAACAAGAAAGAUAUUCCCAACUCUACUUCGAAUUACUCACUAAGCAAUGUUUUCAAGAGCAAUCCAGUUUUGAUACAGUCCAAAGAUCCAAUGAAUGAGAAACUGAAUACAAAUCCAGAUCUCACAGAGAGAGAUAAUUUUUUCACUUCAAUGAUAAAAUCAACCAGCACCAACAUACUGUACAAUAUGGCCAAUUCAAAGACAGAAAAUCAUCCAAAUCACCUCUUUAACAUGUCACUACAAGAACGUGCCACAUACGAAGGACUGGAAGUGCCUAUCAUUGUAACUAAAUGCAUUGAGAAAGUUGAACAAUCCGGUUUAUCCUCUGAGGGAAUAUACCGAUUGAGUGGGGGUUCAUCGUCUCUGGAAAGAGUGGAAAGCUGUUUUAGUUCUCUUUCGUUGGAAGAUAUUACAAACGAGAAAUUUGACAGGCUACACGAGAGUUUGAAUGGAGACAUCAACACCGUUGCAGGCGUAUUAAAAAGAUAUCUCUCCAAGCUCCCCGAGCCUUUGGUUACGUUUGAUCUCUAUGAGGAGUUUGUUAAUAUCGCCAGAUUGGAUGAUAAAAUUACCAGCCUGAGGACGCUUGUCAAUAAACUUUUACCGACACAUCGCAAGACCUUAUACAUGCUGUGCAAACAUUUGAACAAUGUUGUUCAACAUGGGAAUGUGAACCUAAUGAAUGUGAACAAUAUUGCAGUGGUUUUUGCAGCAACGUUGGCAAGAAGUCGAGUAGUUAACUUGGAAAAGGAAAUGUCUGAUAUCAGUGCCAGACGAAACGUUACGGAGACUCUAAUCAGCCAUUAUGAUCAGAUCUUUCAACAACAUUAG